CUGGCGUACAGGCGGGUCUUUCUCAAACCACUCCGUCCUGUGUUUGUCUCUCAGCAACAGAAAGAAGCCCUUCUCAUGAAGAUGUAGCUUCAGGACAAGUUUUCUUCUCUCCACCGAACUCUGCUUCUAAACAUUAUGGCGUCGAGAAGAACAACAAUAGCACCAAGUGCUUUAAAAAUCACCGACGCUUUAAGCUCGAAAAGUGGGAGCAAUGCGAAUAAAACCAGCAGCAGCGGGACCGCUAAGAGAAGUGUCAAGACAAGUGGAACCAUAGUCAAGUCUCGAUAUAUGCAGUCUGCUGAGAAGUCAUCACUUUCGAAGAGUAACUCGCUGACCAACGAGUCUAGUGCCGGGCCACUGAGGCCUAUCUCACCUAAACCCAGUGGUGUCAGACCAAAGCUGGGCGUAUCACCAAGACGCUCCAUGGCCCCACAGGCUCUUGCAACAUCCAUCAUGUCACGGGAAACAGAACCGUCACUGCUCGGGGAUAGUAUUCUACAGUCUACUUUCUCAGCUGGACCCUGCUUUCGACCAGAGUUUGAUAUUUCAGUCAUUAAAGAGAAAACAGUGGUGGAAAAAGCAGCAGAACCCGAGAGACACCCAGAAGAGGAGAAGAGGGACAUUGAGUUGCAAACGUUACGGCUGGCAUACCUCACAGCUAAGAUGGAGAGCAAUACUGCAAAACUCAAAGCUGAGGCAGAGGCAAAGAUCCUGCAGAUAAUGGAGGAAGAUGAGGCGCUGCAUAAAGACGUCCAUGAGAAGAAGCGCCAGUACCUGCUCGCAGAGAAGAACAGGCUGAUGAAUGAGUUGCUGGACUUGCAGAUUGCUGCACUGACUCCUGUGGCAGAAGCUGCUCAGCAGUUCACAGAGCACUACAACUCGUUUGCAACCGCUGUUGACACCACCAGACAUGAGCUGCCUGUCAAGAACUUCUACAUUGAUGGAGACCGAAGGGAAUUUCUAGAUAAAGCUGAGGUUUGCCUGAAGGAGAGUGAGCAGCUAUUGCUGGGCUGUACAGAGGGAGAUUAUAAGGACAACAGCACCUCUCUUGAGUGCCUCAGGAACAUCAAAAUGACAUCAAAAGACAUCAGCCAGCAGCUUUCAGGUGCAUUUUCAGAGCUGCUGGAGCUGUCUUCAUCAGCCUGUCGACAUACCAUCCUCGUCAAGCAGGCCGCGGAGGAAGAGCAGCUCGGUCCUGCAAGAACCCACGAGCUCUACUGCCCCAAACAGUGACAAAGUCCACACAGCAUGGGAUACAAAGCAAAUGCACUUUGAUAACCCCAAUUGCCUUUGUGCCAUUUGUGACAUUGUGUACUGUCAAAUGUUUUUGUGUGCUGUAUUAUGAAUUUGUAAAUGUAAAUAUGAAGUGCAAAAACAAUGACU